CAUUUAUUUAAGUGUACUAUUUAAUUUAAUUAAGAUUUAGAACUUCAAUUUGGUUAAAGUCUCUUUAUUUCAAAUUAAACGGCGAGUCGUAAUGAGAAUCGAAAGCCUAGGGUUUUUGAUCGGCAAAUAUAGUUAGGAAAUUAAUUUAAUUAUUAUUAGGGUUUUGGAAAUGAUCCCUGAGUUCCCAGGUUCAAUCAAGGUUUGCGAGUUUUCGGUUGGUGCGCGUUUUCGGCUCUACAGCUAAAAUUAAAAAUAAAUAAGGGAUAGAGGGUCUAUAUUGAAAUAGUUCAAAAGUAAGGGUCCAAAUAAAAUUACAAAGGUCAGGGGCUUCAUAGUUAAAUAAUUAAUAUUAGCGUGUAAAAAUAAUUACUAAACUAUCGGGGUCAAUUUGGUUUUGUACGGGUUUAUUCGCAAUGCAUCUUCGAUUCUAGGGUUAAAUCUGUGAAUAAACAAAGAACUAAAGGUUUUAUUAUAAUAGCUCAAAAUUUAGGGACUUAAUAGGGUUAGCAAAAGUUAGGGGUCUCACAAAAUAUCCGAAAUCUUUGCGUAUACAAUCUAUAGUAAUAAAAAAAUAUUUAUUUGGAGCUAUUUUUUGCAUCCAUUUUUGCUUCUUGCUCUGCCCUACAAAUUUUGGUUAAUUUGUCCAUUGUUCCUUCAUUUUGAUUUGACUUGUAACUUGUCAACAUUUCUUGAAAUGUAAACAUUCCAUUAAUUUUUGUGUGGAUGGGUCUGAAAUUUUAGGCCACAUGACCCCUAAUCCAAUAUAAGCUCUUCUAAUCCUUUGAAAUGGACAUCAAAUUGGAAUUCAAAUAGGUUAUUAUGAUUUGUUUUGGGGCUGUGGCUAUAUAUAUCCUUUUUGUGUUUUUUUUUUUUUUUUAUCAACUCCGAAAUCUUUGCUUAUACAGUCAAUAAUAGUAAUAAUAAAAAUUAAAAAAAAAGUUUGGAGCUGUUAUUUGGCAUCCAUUUUUGCUUGUUGUUCAGGUAUUGUUCAUACCCGGUUCUAUACAUGUUUAUAUGUAAUUUUUUUUGUAAUGUUUUUUUUAAUCAUCUCCACUUGUUGCUUACCAUCUCUUCUGUCUUCAAAAUGGUUGUUUGACAAAAUGGCUAUAGGCUAGGAUUUCAAUGUUUUUUGCAGGGUUAUUUUUUCUAUUCAUACCCUGUUUUAUAUAAGGUUUUUCAUAUCCUAUUUGAUGGCACAUGUUUUCAUAUCCUUCAUUUGUUCCAUUAUAACAGAACUUGCUAACACAACAAAAGAUGUCUAUAACAAAAGUUUCACACCCAUUGAUAUGUUAUUGUUAUGCUUCUCAUAUCCCGAAAAAGUCAUGAAAGAUACCAUGGCCUUGAUUAUGUCAACUGCCACGUCAACACAACCAGCCUCUAUGUGUGCUUGUGGCUACGGGCACUAUAUUGUCAAGAUUUCUCAUUCUGCAAAAAACCCAAAUCGUGCAUACUACCAAUGCCCUUAUGGAGUAGUGAGUACAAACACCUUGAAUGUUUAUUUUUCUUUUAAAACCAUCACUAAUACAUUUUUUAACCUCAGCCAUGUCUCAAUUGGAUUGGGUGGUGUGAUGAAUAUGGGGCCUCCCCGAGUAUGACAAAGACAAUGUCACUCAUUUUGAGGCUAGUUUCAUUGACAUUGAACAGAUUCAGCGUGUAUUUAAAGUAGUGACAUGUGUUUUGUGCAUCAUCGUCGUUAUAUUAGUGUUCCGUAUGUGAUAUAUGUGACCAUAGUGCUACCCUUACCCUAUUACAAAUUGUGGCCACCCUAUUUUGUGGGCAAUACACUUCUAUGUUAUGUUUAUAAAUGUCUCUUUAUCAUAUGUUCCCCCUCCCUGUGUGUUUUGUUACAAAAAAUUUUGUUGCCUAUUGUCCAUUAAAAAAAAAUUUCUUGUUGAUAAUUAUCCUCUGUACCAGAUUUGACACACGUGUCACUGUUUAGGUUCAAAUGUUCAUGUCUUGUUUCUUGAAUUUUUUUGUUCUAGUUGUAUUGUGUGUAUAAAUAUAUUUACUUCAUCCCAUUGCACGCAAAAAUUAUAGUCGCAUGGCAUCAAAUUGAUCCUCCACUCAUAUCCCUUCCAAAAAAUGGAAAGGACAACAAUGUUAUCAUAAAGCUAUUUGGGAUAGGGAGUCCACACAGAUCUUCUUGCAACUUGUACUUAAAGAAAUAGAGGCAGGUAACAGGCCACACAUAGCAAUCACACAAAACUGCUAGCGAUCUUUAUUCAGGACUUUUGAGGCAGCAAUUGGGAGGCUGCAUGAUAUCAAACAAAUCAAAAACAAGUAUAAUCAACUGAAGAAGGAAUGGCGUACAUGGUCAAAGUUCAUGGAUUGCUGGAAAGGGCCAACUGGAAUUGGGUUUGACCAAUUGACUGGGUUGUUCAAUGCAUCUUCUGAUUGGUGGGCAAAAGUGGAGAAGAUUGACAAAGAAUGUUGCAAGUUCAUAACAAAAACCCUGGAGCACCCAAAGUUGAUGGAGAGCGUCUUCAGAGGGGUUGUGGCAACGAGGAAAUACGCAUCGACGCCAGGCGAGACUCGCAGCGAAUUAGAGCUGGAAGGGCAGCCCAAGAGUCCUACAGAUUCCAGGGAUAGUAAUGAAUUUGCAGUUUAUGGUCGUCCUAGAAGUUCAGAAACGGAAAACAUGAUGAACUCUGCCAGCAUCAAAGCCGAAGGCAGUGGAAGCAAACAGAAGCAUUCAUCAUGCAAAACUAUGCAAAACAAGCACAUAACCGGGGAUACAGCUUUGGUGAGCAGCAUAGAUGACUUGGUGAAUUCCGUGAAAACACAAAGCAAGGAACUAACCAUUAACCAGGUCAUCAGCAUGCAUGGUUACACUAUUGCGGAGGCUAUUGCAAGGCAUUACGCAAUUAAGGGACUUAACCCCACCGAUCCACUCCUUCAUUUCGGGGUCAGGCUGAUAGACAUUCUGAAUAAUUGGGAACUGCGUAUGAGUAUUUCCACGGACCAAGACAUUCUCGAGUGGGUACAGGCAAAGAAAGCUGACAAAGCCAGCAGUGGGGGUCCAACCCUUCUGAGUUUGCUGCAUAACAAAGGCAUUCGGUUUUAAAUCGUUACAAGCAACAAUCAACAAUAGGAUUGUUGCUUGUAACGAUGUUAUGCGUUGUAGCCGGCUUUCUUUAGGUUGAACAAUUGUGUAUGUUUCAGUGUUUUUUUUUUUUUGGGUCUUUUACUUGGGUAUUUUCGUUGGAUCGGCUUCAAAACAAUGGGACAUGGAUGUGCUUCAUUUUC